AUGGAUCAGAGCACGGGUCCUAUGAAAAACACAGUGUAUAAUCCAGCACACAGAACUCCAGCUGCAGGAUGGAUGGACAACUAUCUGAAUCUAUCAAAGUGUAUGAUUAAAGCUAAUGAGAAUUUUGAGGGAUUGAUCAGAAAGUGGGGUUGGAACAUCGAGAAUGAACGACUUUCCUUGUCCGGUCGCAUCGCUGGUCACCACUUUUUAGGCAACUCAGAAGAUGUUCCAUCAACAAGUCAUCCGUUCGCCAUUAGUGAGAUCUUAAAGGCGAGUAUGGAAGAAAAUAGCACUGCUAAUGUUGUACAAACAAGAGAGCCUCCGAUUUAUGCUAAUAUUGCCGAAAAAGAAGUGCCUGGAAUUCAAAGGAAAAGGAAACCACUCAUUGUCUACAGAUCGGAACCUCACGAUGCUAGUAAAAGAGUUCAAGAGAUGCUGGAACGUAGAGAUGCCAGCCUAAGAUACAUCAACGAUGGAAAUGCUAUCGUCAAUCCCUUUGCAGUUAGCAAGAGAGAGCAAUUGAAAUUCCUCAGGAAUUCAUUCUGCAGGGCGAAAGCAGAAGGCGGUUACGAGUGCGCGGUGUGCCGACAAGAGAGGUGGCUCCUUCGAGACAUGGAUAAACACUUGCUGGGUCAUAGUGACAGCAAGUUCUACCUCUGCGUGAGGUGUUUCAAGGGUUUCAAUGACACCUUUGACAUGAAGCGUCACAAUCAUGUGCGUCCAUACGCAUGUGCACAAUGCUCGUGUCGGUUCACCCAACGCUCCCUGUUGGAGGGUCAUCAGAGGUGCGUACAUCAGAUGACAUUGAGAUAUGGACGAAAUCAGCGUCGCGAGGAGUUGCGCGUUUGUGAGGCCUGUGGAUUUGUUUGUGAGAACUACACGACACUGCUCGAACACACAGCGUGCCAACACCCCACCAAUCAGGACAGCAUCACGAAGUUAAGAAGAAGAAUUAAUAACCAAGUUCCAUGA